CUCGUUGAGUUUAUUCUGUCGCUUCCGUGUCCGGUGAACCGACUUCACAUUUGGAAGAACUUGUCCGCUGUACGGUAUGUUCUAUCUUCAAAUGGCAUCUAAACAUCCACAUUUUAAUGUUUGCAUUGUAUAUUCCAUUGGGACAGACGAUCAAAUUUGAUAUGAAAUACCUGGAAUUAUGUUUGGUCGAAGAUUAGUUCAUAUCCACUGCAGCUGGGCUCUGACCUUGCUGUGUUGGCUAGCCAACUGAGUUAGCUAGCUAACUGCUAGACCUUCAUCUGACUCUUGCUCUUUGAACGUAAAAUAUUAUUUUGUAUGUCUAAAAUAUAACUAAAUAAGCUGAUGUAGCUAAAUUUAAAAUAUCCACUUAGCUACAUUGUUGGAUUUUAGUAGCUAGGCAAAGCUAACGACUAUUUGCUAGCUAGCCUAACGUUAGCUUAGUAGCUUGAGAGCUAGUUAAAACAUUAAAUAGCUUGCUAUCUGUCAGCAAACAUGAGUUUGGCGCUGUCAGAACUUCUAUUGGCUUUUUGUGUUGGUUAGGACUCAAAUCAGUUAGCCAGAUAAUAGCAACAUCUCUAACAUUAGCCACUAGGUGACCGUGUUGUUGAGGAGUCCGGCUUACUAGCUUCUGAUCUCAAUGCGCUGCCAGUCAGUGUCACCUGUGACUUGAACCUGCCUGAUCGGUCAGUGUUCAUAACAUUACAUUAACUGUUUUGUUCUUUCGUGUUAUGGUCUGUAUCUCUCUUGUGGGGUUUUAGCAGCUAUAUAGAAUAUUUACCCUUUUUCCAACCUUUUGACAGACGCAGACAGAAAGAUGGCUGGGAAACGUGCAGCAUUGAAAGCCAUUGACUGGUUGGCCUUUGCUGAAAGGGUUCCCCCCAACCAGAGGGCCAUGUUCAACAACCUCAAGACGCGCUCAGACGCCAUCGGUGCCAAGUACGUAGCCUACCCCGAGUUAGCGUUUAGGUCUAGUUCAUGACUACGACUUCAGAGCCAGCCAACUGAGGACAACCUUUUCACUUGCAUUGAUGUCAAUGGGAAACUGAGUAAAACAUUUUUUACGAUUCUCCCUUUUAGCUUUUUAUAUGCCAAUGUGAAAGUCGUGUAGUUGGAAUUGAAUUACAAGGUAUUGUCAACCAAGACACAUAGGUUGCUGCAAAGUGAGUGGGUCUCAUACAUGCAUGUUAGUGUAAAUGAAAAGCUCCACAAUCUCACUCCCACAAUUAUUGUUUUAUAAGUGCCAUCAAUGAGCUGUUGUUGAUGGCUGUCUCUACAGGCUGUCCUCUCUGCCAGAGAAGCCUGUCACCAUCGACUGGAGCUUCUACAAGACCAAUGUGGCCAGAGCCGGCAUGGUGGCCGAGUUUGAAUCCAAGGUGAGAUUCCAAGGCCUGUGAUGAGUAUUAAAUGCGUUCCACCUGGGGAAAAGAAAGUUACACACUCUUAACUAUAUUAGUCUCAUGUGGUAUUCUGUCCACUGUGUGGCAUGUGCUGUAACACUGGUUCAGUCUAGGGCUGUUAUGGUGGCCGUCUUACCGCCACACCGGCAGUCACGAGUCAUGAUGGCUGUCAAAUUCCAUGUGACAAUCACGGUAAUUAGGCUUCUCCAAGCUCUGAUGCUGCUGAUGGUAAUUAGUAGCCUACCGAAACUUGCUAACUGCCUGGUACUCAGCACUCCAUUGUCCCUCUAACCACUGACUUUUACAUUUUAGUCAUUUAGCAGACGCUCUUAUCCAGAGCGACUUACAGUUAGUGAGUGCAUACAUACAUUUUUUAUACUGGCCCCCCGUGAGAAUCGAACCCACAACCCUGGCGUUGCAAACGCCAUGCUCUACCAACUGAGCUACAUCCCUGCCGGCCAUUCUCUCCCCUACCCUGGACGACGCUGGGCCAAUUGUGUGCCGCCCCAUGGGUCUCCCGAUCGCGGCCGGCUACGACAGAGCCUGGAUUCGAACCAGGAUCUCUAGUGACACAGCUAGCACUGCGAUGCAGUGCCUUAGACCACUGCGCCACUCGGCAUCAAUGCGACUGUAAUUGGAAAUCUAAUUAAACACUUAGUGAGAGCCCAUGAGCUCAUUUUGCGCAACAUUUCUAUAGGCUAUGCAAUUGCGUGAGAAAACAGAGUGAUGGCCUCUACUAAAAAGAGGAGGAUCCCAUCAGCUUUCUAUAGGCUUACAAUUUUUUUUCUCAAUUUUCCUAAAAUUAAGCACAUUGCUUCUCUUUACAACAGGAGUAUAGCCUACCUGGCUGGCAUGAAAAUGAACCACGGAAUAGUGUCCUUCAUUCGCUAUUUAAGUGCAUAGAUGACAUGUGUUUUUUCCCCUGCCCAUGUUUCAAGACAGGUGCAUGAUAAUGGUCCAUUCUAAAUCAAAACAAAUUUCACACAUAUAUUACUUAGUAUAUGUAAAGACAAAAUGAAAUCAAGAAUAGUCUGAUGGGUGACAAUAUCAGCCUAUCACUUGUGAAUGAUAUAUUUGGCGGCGGGAAAAAUUGAGGCAUUAUCAAGUGCUUGUGAAAUUGCGAAAGAGAGACUGAUGAAGUGUGUACAGCCUGUGCAAAAAAACAAAGCAGAGCUCAUGCCUUUCAUGUGACUUUUUUCAAAUCAUCAUUAGUCUCAUCAUGCAGCCUUAGAAUGUAUAAAUAAAUCUAAACAUAUAGCCCAACGUUUGUAUCACAACUGAAGUUGCAUAAAUAACUCUAAAUUAAGCAUAUAGGAGUACCUGUUUCUUGUUAACCGCUCAACACAGAAUAGCCGCAUGUGCGCACUCCCUCAAAUCCUUUGGAGAAAAUAUCAUUUUUAUUUUAUUCAGCUACAGUGGGGAAAAAAAGUUUUUAGUCAGCCACCAAUUGUGCAAGUUCUCCCACUUAAAAAGAUGAGAGAGGCCUGUAAUUUUCAUCAUAGGUACACGUCAACUAUGACAGACAAAUUGAGAAAAAAAAUUCCAGAAAAUCACAUUGCAGAAUUUUUUAUGAAUUUAUUUGCAAAUUAUGGUGGAAAAUAAGUAUUUGGUCACCUACAAACAAGCAAGAUUUCUGUCUCUCACAGACCUGUAACUUCUUCUUUAAGAGGCUCCUCUGUCCUCCACUUGUUACCUGUAUUAAUGGCACCUGUUUGAACUUGUUAUCAGUAUAAAAGACACCUGUCCACAACCUCAAACAGUCACACUCCAAACUCCACUAUGGCCAAGACCAAAGAGCUGUCAAAGGACACCAGAAACAAAAUUGUAGACCUGCACCAGGCUGGGAAGACUGAAUCUGCAAUAGGUAAGCAGCUUGGUUUGAAGAAAUCAACUGUGGGAGCAAUUAUUAGGAAAUGGAAGACAUACAAGACCACUGAUCAUCUCCCUCGAUCUGGGGCUCCACGCAAGAUCUCACCCCGUGGGGUCAAAAUGAUCACAAGAACGGUGAGCAAAAAUCCCAGAACCACACAGGGGGACCUAGUGAAUGACCUGCAGAGAGCUGGGACCAAAGUAACAAAGCCUACCAUCAGUAACACACUACGCCGCCAGGGACUCAAAUCCUGCAGUGCGAGACUUGUCCCCCUGCUUAAGCCAGUACAUGUCCAGGCCCGUCUGAAGUUUGCUAGAGUGCAUUUGGAUGAUCCAGAAGAGGAUUGGGAGAAUGUCAUAUGGUCAGAUGAAACCAAAAUAUAACUUUUUGGUAAAAACUCAACUUGUCGUGUUUGGAGGACAAAGAAUGCUGAGUUGCAUCCAAAGAACACCAUACCUACUGUGAAGCAUGGGGGUGGAAACAUCAUGCUUUGGGGCUGUUUUUCUGCAAAGGGACCAGGACGACUGAUCCGUGUAAAGGAAAGAAUGAAUGGGGCCAUGUAUCGUGAGAUUUUGAGUGAAAACCUCCUUCUAUCAGCAAGGGCAUUGAAGAUGAAACGUGGCUGGGUCUUUCAGCAUGACAAUGAUCCCAAACACACCGCCCGGGCAACGAAGGAGUGGCUUCGUAAGAAGCAUUUCAAGGUCCUGGAGUGGCCUAGCCAGUCUCCAGAUCUCAACCCCAUAGAAAAUCUUUGGAGGGAGUUGAAAGUCCGUGUUUCCCAGCGACAGCCCCAAAACAUCACUGCUCUAGAGGAGAUCUGCAUGGAGGAAUGGGCCAAAAUACCAGCAACAGUGUGUGAAAACCUUGUGAAGACUUACAGAAAACGUUUGACCUGUGUCAUUGCCAACAAAGGGUAUAUAACAAAGUAUUGAGAAACUUUUGUAAUUGACCAAAUACUUAUUUUCCACCAUAAUUUGCAAAUAAAUUCAUAAAAAAUCCUACAAUGUGAUUUUCUGGAAUUUUUUUUCUCAUUUUGUCUGUCAUAGUUGACGUGUACCUAUGAUGAAAAUUACAGGCCUCUCUCAUCUUUUUAAGUGGGAGAACUUGCACAAUUGGUGGCUGACUAAAUACUUUUUUCCCCACUGUAUGUUCAAUUGUAUUCUUCAUACUAUAAAAUAAUGCCACGGAAUUCUAAGCAAAUCUUGUCUGCUAAAUGAACUAGUGUAGCCCACAGCCAUAUGGCAUAGCCAGAUCAGGACCUAACAUAAGGACAACUCAGAGUAUGCUAUUCUGUUCUUCUGAAACGGACUACAUUUUCUUAUCAUGUUUCUUCAGACCUGUCUAAAAUAAAGAAUGGAUUUAUUGUGAUGGAUUUAUUUGACUUUUUCAAAUGUAGAUGUUCCAAAGGUCUCCAUCAGUGGCUUGUAGGCUAUUCGUGGAAGACAGGAGAUGCUAAAUGUGUUUUAUGUUAAUUAAUGGUCAAUUACCGUGAGACCGGCAGUUAUUUGCUUGACAAUCACCGGCUGACAAUUUCAUGACCGUCCUAGUUCAGUCACAACCAUAUUAGUCUAAUCUAGUAUUCUGUCCACUGUGUGGCGUGCUUUAACCCUGGUUGAGUCACAACAAUAUUAGUCUUAUGUAUUAUUCAGUGUGGUGUGCUGUAACACUGGUUCAGUCACAACAAUAUUAGUCUUAUGUAGUAUUCAGUGUGGUGUAACACUGGUUCAGUCACAACGAUAUUAGUCUUAUGUAGUAUUCAGUGUGGUGUAACACUGGUUCAGUCACAACGAUAUUAGUCUUAUGUAGUAUUCAGUGUGGUGUGCUGUAACAUUGGUUCAGUCACAACAUAACUAAGUUGUUUCAGAGUAGAACAUGUUAUCGUUGAUCCCUAUCAGACAUCGAUGUGAUCAUUAUGAUGAAAUACGUUCUUGGACCAGGGAUGGUGCUGGAACUACAUGCUUCAAUCAAUAAAAUGUAUUUAUAUUAGUGUUGUCAUGGUACCAGGAAGCAACAUGAAGCGGACAGACUUUCUUCAGGAAAACACUCCUGAUGUUGCCUUAUGUUGUCACCCAGAGUGACAUUUGUUUAUUUUGCAAGCUAUAGCACACAAUAAUUUAUAUACAGUAGGUUCUAAAGGACCGUAGAGUUUAGUCUGCUUCCUGUUUUCUUUUUGCUAAGGAAAAUCUGGCAUCGUAGGAUCGCGAUACUGGUAUUAUGACGACACUCAUUUAUAUAGCCCACUGUACAACAACAUUAGUCCCAAAGUGCUUAACAGUUAGCAUUGGUCUGGUCUCAUUCCUCUGUCUCAUCUCCUGACCUCCUCAUCUCACCCCUCUCCUCUCCUCCUGUCCUCAUCUCACCCCUCUCCUCCUGUCCUCAUCUCAACCCUCUCCUCUCUCCAUCUCCUUUCCUCCUCAGUUCUCAGCCCUGACCAUCCCUGAGCCCAAGGACACAGCCACAGCCGCGAUCAACACACAGGAGGCCGAGGCGGUGAGUUGUAGCUCUGGAUUAAAAGAUACUCUGCAGAAUGACUCUUCACUGUUCUGCUGUACUGAUUCAGAAUGACUCUUCACGGUUCUGCUUUACUGAUUCAGAAUGACUCUUCACUGUGCUACUGUUUUGAUUCAGGAUGACUCUUCACUGUGCUCCAGUUCAUUCCUGUAUUAAUAUUACAGUAGCUAGCUAAUUAAUAAUACACUAAAUGUGUAUUAUGGCACUUUGACUCAGACACUUUGAUGUUGUAUUGUUCGUUGUCAUGGAUGAGGUGGUGAUAAAUGGGUUCAGAGUUCCAUUUCAAGAGAAAGAAGCCUCAUUAUGCAAAGCACUGUAACUGCUCUUGAGGCUUCCUUCAUUAUUAUUGGUUAUUUUUCUUCUUUGUUGCAGAACAAAGCUGCUGUUGCCUACGUCGAGGCUUCCAAAGCUCGCAUCGCCCAGUACGGGAAGGAGGUGGGUUACACGCACGCACACACUCCCCUACACACGGAUUUCCCUAGACUUUCUCUUCAUAUUUUAGGAUAUUAGUACACACUCAACAGUAGAACCCCUGAGAAAAACUGCAGUAUUUAGAGACAUGUAGUUCUCUUCUCUCUGUUGAUCCACCUUCCUGUCUUCCAGCUGGAGAAGUUCCAGAACAUGAUUCCCUUCGACCAGAUGACCAUCGAUGAUCUGAACGACACGUUCCCCGAGACCAAGCUGGACAAGGAGAAGCACCCGUACUGGCCCCACAAGCCCAUCGCUGAGCUGUAAACUAAAAGCCCCCAGCGCUUUCUAAAUAAUAUACUUUCCUCUGAUGAAAGGUUGUAUAGUGUCCUGUGUAUAAAGUCAAGUCCUGUUUCAUCUACAAAGACAGUUUGUGAAAUUACUCAACUGUGAGUAAGGUCAUCUGGUCCUUUGAAUGGAAAUAAACAUUUAUGGAAAUUGAAUAUGAA